AUGAAGCAUAAGAAGACAACGGUUAACCUGCUAAGCAUGAAGCAGAGACCUGAUGAGUCGAUCCGUGCAUUCGUCUCCCGAUUUAACAAGGAAUCCUUAGGUAUCAAAGAUUUGGACGAGGCCACGGCCCAUAUGACCAUGAGCAACGGACUCAUCGACAUGGACCUGAUCAAGGACUUGGCUCAAAAGCCAACCAAAAACAUGGCCAAGCUCUUGGAAAGGUGUAAUGAGUUCGUAAACAUGGCGGAGGUGCUCCAAGCGCGGAAGAUGACUGAAAGCAAGCUAGAGAAGAAGAGGUCGGUGACCGACGACCGCAAAGAUGAAAAGCGGACCAGGACAGACAGUCGAGCCAAGAGAUCCGAUAGAGCUCGGAGUCCCGAGUACACUCCCUUGAACACAUCGCGGAAGGAGAUCUUGAUGCAAAUUCAAGAUGACGGAUACAUCCGCCGACCUCGACCGAUGCAAGCUGGGUCAUUUCGGAAUCCCAACAAAUAUUGUCUGUUCCACAAAGACACCGAUCACAACACCGAGGAUUGCUAUCAGUUAAAAAGAGAAAUUGAAGAGCUGAUUAAGGUAGGGCACCUGAAGCAGUACAUCAACAUCAAGGGGGGCCGAGAAGAUCGUGGGAGUUGA